ACAGAUAUAGGUUUUAAUUUCACUAAACGGUAUAAAUUUGGUGUAACAUUAGGUAAUUACGUAUUGCCAUAGUUCCCAUCAUCAAGGUGCUUUUGUUCCGUUUAGAGUGUUGUGUUUCUUUUUCCCGAUAGCCAGUGAAGUAAUCAUUUUUUCUGUGUUUUCGUCAUCAGCGAAGCUUCCACAUUCAGAUACUGGGCAGGAAUAAGUCUAUUGUAGUGAUGUGAAUCCUUUCUCUGCACAUAUGGAGUUCCAGAAUGCAAACCUCACCUGCGCCAUAUGCCUGGAGCGUUUCAGGUACCCUGUAACCAUCCCCUGCGGCCACACCUUCUGUAAGGACUGCAUUAUCCAACACUGGGACACCAAGAGCAAGUGUAACAUCGCCCCACAUUGCCCCAUCUGUAACGAUGAGUUCCCCUCCAGACCGGUUCUGAAGCGAAACGUGUCCCUGUCGGUGCUGACCGAGGCUGCCAACAGCCCUGGUCCAUCCUGCAGGGAACCUAUGGUGAGAUCAGGGGAAGGGACGAGGACCAUGCUGCUGUGCGAUCUCCACAAAAAGCCCCUUGUUUAUUACUGCAGACAGGACAAAAUGCCUGUGUGCUGCGAAUGUGGCAUCACGGAAUGCAUCAAUCACGACAGAGUCAUGCUGGAGGCCGAGAGGGAAAAUCAAGAGCUGCUGCUGGAAAGAAAGAGUAAGGAGGUGGAGAAACACCUUGAGGAUACACAAAAAAGCAUAAAUGACUUGCAGGAGAAUAUCAAUGAUACUAAGGUGACUCUAGAGCAGACGUCAUCUUGGAUGAGGGUCAAAUUCUCCACCCUGAUAAAAAUUCUGGCUGACAAGCAGGAGGCCACCGAGCUCUUUAUUGAGCAGCAGAAGCAGGAGGCCAUCACAGAGGCGGAGACGCAGCUGGCCGAUCUCAAAGGGCGCGCCCAGAUCCUACGAGAGUGCCAAGACCACAUAGCAGCUCUGCACGAUCUUUCUGAUACAGACCUCAUUAGGGAAUCAACACGGGUAGAAGUGCCACGCUUCAAAGACAUUCCCACAGGCUUAUCGCCAAACCUUCAGGAUCGAUUAAACGGCGUCACAGAUGUUCUGACCCGAGUCUCCAAGCUGGUUUCUGAGGACCUGGAGAAAGCUGUGUGCACCGCUGUGGUUCAGGACAAUGACGGUUCUCCUCAGGAUAAGAGGCCAAUGCUUGCUGUGGUUCCCAGUCCGGCUGCUCCGUGCGUCCCUGGAGGGAAGGAAGGCCUCAGUGCCUAUCGGUGCUCUCUGACUUUUGACCCUCGAACGGCCAACGAACACCUAUGUCUGUCUCAUGAGAAUCGGAGGGCAGAGCACCUGACCUCUGGACCCCGCCCUGUCCCAGCUCAUGAGGCUCGCUUCGACCACACCUGGCAGGUGCUCUGCUUUCAGGGCUUUAAAAAUGGACAGCACUACUGGGAGCUGGAGGUGUCCAAACCGUGGGCCUACCUCGGGGUAACCUAUGAGACCAUCCCCAGGAAGGAGAAGGGCAAGAGGUGCAUGGUGGGUAUGAACGAACUGUCAUGGAGCCUGCAGCUAGACGAGCACCAGCUCUCGGCCUGGCACAACGGGCGGCGGGAGACGCUGGUCGGCCAAUCCAAUCACAGCCGCAUCGGCAUGCUGCUGGACUACGAGGCGGGGACGCUCACCUACUACGGCGACGGGCAGACAAGGCUCCACGCCUUCCAUUGUGCCUUCACCCAUGAGCUGUUUCCUGCCUGCUGGAUAGGUGAGGGGGUCAGCAUCACUCUCUGCUCCACGUGAGCUGAGGAAAAGGAGCGACAAGCUGAUGUAACGUUUUCUCCUUUUUCACACCUGCUGGUCCAUAUAACUUUCCUCUCUCCAGAACCGGCCACUUGGUGGUGACAGACUCUCCACCCUAACGGCUUUUCACACACCUUCUGAACGAUUUAAUCUUUCAAACAUUAAUGAAAUCACUUCACAGAUGUCCAGACCUUUUCAGACCGGUUGAUUUUAUUCUACAGCAACACAGUGAACUUUCAACUCAGGCUGGGAAAUCUGAUGAAAAUGACUCCUGUGUCUCCAGACGUAGUGACGUAUGUGUUGCCAACACAACAAUGCGAUUCUUAUUGAAACUGUUUUUGUUUACAUUGUGUUUACUGAGAUGCAGGGGAGUGCAAUAGCAGCGGUCACUAUUGUUUUUUUUGCAUUAACAGGACAAUAAUUCAUCAGUUGUUAUUGCAGUAUUUAAGAUAAAGUUGUUUGGUAAGUAUAGAACGGAAUGUUUGGACGGUCCAAUCGGGUUGACGAUAUUCUGCCAUUUCUUGUUCCAUAAAGGUCCGAUUAGUCUGUCUCUUAUUUUAAUCGGCUUAAAAGGCAUCCUACUAUUUAAAGUUUUGGUCUUAAGUAGCAUACAAUCCUCAUGGGUAUGAAUGUAAUACUAGUGGCAUAAAUUAUUUAAAUAUAUAAUAGAACGAUUUUUAAAAACUGGAUGAAGAGGUUUGAAUAUAUUGUGGAUUCUCUGUAAUUCACACAUGGUGAAAAUGAUCCAUACAGGCUCAAAUAUGUGCAUACACCACUGUUUUUAAAAAUGUAGAGUUGCCAUGACAAUUUAGGAAGCAUAAUGUUUACUUGAUUUAUCGGUGUGUUGGGGUCGUCCUGUUGGCGUAACCAGUUGUGUCCAAGUUCCAACCAUCGCGUUAUCAAUUUGAGGUGAUGAUGAAGAGUUUGGAGGUUGUCCUCUAUUAGUUCACCCUCUUUGUAAUGGACCACUAAUACUAGCUGCAAAACAGACCCUCAGCAUGAUGCUGCCACCACCAUGUUUGACAGUUGGUGUACAGAUUCCAGUCCAUGGCAAGCUUGGACAUCUGGUGGUUUCUGGGAGCUUUUGAACAUUCAUUUCAAUUUCUUUCAUCUAAGGGAGCAGUUUGGGUCAGAUGGUUGGUACUAGUACACAGCUUGAUGUUGUAAGAGGACAAUGAUCCAAAAAUACAUCAACGCUGGUUUUGGAAUGGAUAAAACAAGCAUUAUGCUUUUAGGAUGUUUUCCACAAAAACAUUGGAAUGUUUUUUUUGUAGCUGGGUCUUCCACAUUAGCAACUGUCAAGCAUGGCGGUGGUAAGAUCAUGGUCCGUUUCCCUGUCAGUGACACACAAGUUAGAUGUUAUAAAGUAACAUUAAGCUUCUGGGCCUUCCCAAAGCCCCUACCGUGCUGAACAUCUGUAGGCUAUGUGUAAAAGCUGAGUCCAUUUCAGUAAACCAACCCAAAUGACCUCUGCAAGGAAGACUGGCCAAAUAUCCACCCAGAAUUACACAAACAGGAUGUAGUUUCUCUGCAACUUCGUAAGAGACAUUUAACCAAAUGUUGUUGCAGGUUUCUGAGAGCAUUUGAGCCUGACCAUGUGCAGAUUAAAGAAAAUC